CCGCCACCGUCGCCGGCGACCCGCCCACGAUGGCCACCCCGGACCUCCUCUUCAACCUGCGCAACCUCUUCUACCUCGGCGCCUACCAGUCCGCCAUCAACAACAGCGACGUCCCGGGCCUCGACGCCGACGCCGCCGCCGAGCGCGACGUCAUCGUCUUCCGCUCCUACAUCGCGCUCGGAUCCUACCAGCUGGUGAUCAGCGAGAUCGACUCCUCGGCGGCCACGUCGCUGCAGGCCGUCAAGCUGCUCGCGCUCUACCUCACCGGCGACAAGGAAGGCGCAAUCUCCAGCCUGAAGGAAUGGUUGAGUGACUCGGCUAUUGGAAGCAAUCCUGUUCUGCGAUUGGUUGCUGGAAUUAUAUUUAUGCAUGAACAAGACUACAAUGAGGCUCUCAAGCACACACACACUGGAGGAACUCUGGACCUACAUGCAUUGAAUGUCCAGAUCUUCCUUAAGAUGCACCGUUCAGACUAUGCUGACAAGCAACUGAAGAUCAUGCAACAAACUGAUGAGGACCAUACACUGACGCAACUAGCAAAUGCUUGGCUAGAUAUUGCUGUUGGUGGCUCUAAGAUCCGUGAAGCUUAUCUCAUAUUCCAGGACUUCGCUGAAAAAUAUCCUAUGACGGGAAUGGUUCUUAAUGGCAAGGCAGUUUGCUGUAUGCACAUGGGGAGCUUUGAGGAGGCUGAAACUCUAUUGCUUGAAGCCCUGAACAAGGAUGCAAAGGAUCCUGAAACUCUUGCCAAUCUCAUUGUGUGUAAUCUCCACCUUGGCAAGGCGUCAUCACGAUACUUCAACCAGCUGAAACUGUCGCAUCCUGACCACGUGCUAGUUAAGUCCACCGCAUCAGCUGAAGAUAACUUUGAGAGGGCUCUCCAAGCCGUCGCUUGAGACCCCCAUGCCUGAUUGCAGUUAGCUGAAAAUGUAUGCCCCCCAUGCCUGAUUGCACUUAGCGCAUUGAGCCUCCCCCUGUUCCAUUUUGAAGUGCUUUAACACAGUGAAAUUGUAUUGGUUUUGCUUUAUAUUGUUCUAUACACUGCUCGACCAACCAUGUACUCAAAACACCUGCUGUAUGAAUGGAUGGAUAUAUAUGUAGAAUCUCAGUGUGUCAUCUGUUGCUGAAA